AUGAAGCUCACCUUGACGGCCAUCACAGCGCUCGUUGCGCCUAUCGUUGCGCAGAGCAUAACACCUGCUCCAACAUCGACCGACCCUUGGUACGGCUCCGGUCCACCAUGGGCGUCUUCCGACCCUGCGAAAUGGUCUUCGAUCUACCAAUCGCUCGUCUCUGACGGAAAGAUUCCAUCAACUCUGACAGCAGCGCCAUGGCCAACCGGUAGCUACGGACCCGGCCAAGGGCCCUGGGGACCAGGAGGACCUCACGGCCCGGGCGGUCCUGGAGGACCUGGACACUGGGGAGGUCCCGACGGCCCCGGUCCCUGGGGCUCAUCAAACUGGGGUCCCUACAGCGACUGGUCCACACGUUCAGACUGGCGCAACGGACCCUGGACAGCAUGGUGGGGCGGCAGUGCAUGUCCACCAUCAGACUGGCCUGGCUGGACAGCAGGACCAUGGAGUAGUUCUGCGCCGUGGACGAGCUGGAGUGGAUGUUCGGCUUCGACAACGGCGACGAGUGUUGUUACUACCACGAUCAAUGGAACGGCAGCUACGACCACGGCGUAUGGAUUGCAGGUUGCUGCUGCGAGUGCCAACAGUGGGGAUGCGAGUACGGGGGCGGGUGAGAAGAUUACGGUGGGGAUGGGGGCUGUCGUCGGGGUUGUCUUGAUGGGGGUUGUCGUGGGCUUGUAA